AUGCAGGGAUUAGUCACCCAAAAGGUUCGAUGCAAGUCUGAAGCGCAGGAGAGCUCAUCCGACGGGCUAUCUAGCUGUGCGUCUUGCAGACGACUAGGGCUGGAGUGCCGAUGGAGCGCCCCCGUGGCCGGAGAACAUUACAGCCCACCACCGAAACGACGGCAAACCAUCGGUCGCAGACGUGAGCGAUCGCGUUACACCAAAGCAAACAAGCCUACUGAGUCGACAGGUGGCGAUAACGAGGUAUCCCGGGUGAGUGGAGGGAAGCGAAGCAACGCUGCCAAUGCCAAUCAAACCUCUUCAUUUGAACUGGAUGCCUGCGUUGAUAUGCUGGGAGACCUGCCUUUCGACAUCGAGUUUGGCUUGGACUUCACCCCGGUGGAUUUAAAUCUCCACCACGGGCCAGCCCUUCUCGACCACCGCCCGCUCUCAUUGUCUGCUAGAGGGCUUGCAGACCCCACGAGUCUCACGGAUUCGUUUCCCUCUCCACAUAGCCUGGAGCUGCAGAGUACCACUACGCAACUGUAUCCCGAUAAGCAAAGCACGAAUGGCGAUGGCUUCUUCCCCUGGGAAAUUUCCAACAUAGGCGCCGAGGAGCAGCAUUUGAUCCAACACUAUCUGACCACUAUGACGGGCUACGCGAAGGUGGAUGAUGGUCCGCGGGGGGCUAGCAACUUAUAUUCCACUGCAUUCUCCCAAUCGCUCUCGUUCAAGCCUCUUCUGUACGCCAUUCUUGCCUUCUCCGCGUCGCAUUUAGCGUUGGAAGAUGGCACGUAUGCUGUGAAGGCGUCGCAUUUCGACCAACUCGCGCAUGCAUCCUUUGAAGUGUGCAAACAGCACAACAUCUCCGAGCCCGAGAGCCUUCUCUCGGCGCUCUUUGUUCGCGCAAAGAGGGUUCAUCUUCUUGCGGGCGACGUAGAGGUCUUUCAUGCUCUUGUCAACGAAGCCGCCCACAUUACCAUGUCUGAACGCGGACAGCGGGCGUUACAGAACCCGUGCUCGCUAGCCCAGCGGAUUGUGAUUCGACUAGCUAUACUAGACGCUCGCGCAUCCUGCUAUAGGCUUGGCGGGGGCAAGCUGAUCCAGUCGCUGCGCCACAUUCCGGCGAUGUCGUUCAUCUUCGAACGGGAAUCGGAUGCCGCCCCAACGGCAUCAUCGAACCACGGCAACAGCAAUCAAAACCAUGCACUGGUUAGUCUCCUGCGGGCGGACCUGCUGCGGAUGAAGAUCGCUGAACUGGAUUUACGUCUGCAUCAUCAGGCUGGAAGUGCCACCAUUACCCCUUCCCCAGUCCGUACGGAGGAGGUUCGCUCACUGCAUGGCCAGGUCAUGCAUGAGAUCCUGCACUGGGAGCAGCAAAUGCGCAGCAAGGACCACGACCUGGACGAGGCUGACUGGCUUCGCACUGCACGAAGAGAAGAUGCGAGAAUGAUGGAUGCAUCUGCAUAUGCACAGUAUCUUGUUCUGGCGGCUCUUCAUGCCGGGGUUUUGUAUCUCUAUCUUCUCUACCCUCUACGGUGUAUCCGAUGGGAGCAUUCCGUCUCCCGGAUCUUGCACUGCCACCUGAAGUUCCAACACGAUCCCUCCCGCCGCGAUUGCCCUUCUUCGCUGGCGCCGUCCUCACUCCUGCUGGCCGGGAUCUGCACCACGGAUCUCAUCCAUCGCGACUGGGUGUUGGAUCGCUUUAGGAGAGGCGAGCGAUGGGGCACGUUUAUCCAGAAGGCACGGGAGGUUCUGGAAGCUGCUACGGCGAGGGGGCCUUGGACGUGUGUCAUUUAUAUGGAGAACGUUUUGAUUUGCUUCGCAUUAUCGCGAAAGGGUUACCCCGAGCGCCUGCUUCUAGAAGACUAG